UCCGCCAGGCCACAUGCGCUCAGGCUGCAGCCGCUUCCGCGUCUCCUGUUUUCUUUAUUAUUAUUGAGUUUUAGUUCGGCAUAAUCGGUAAAAUACUGCUGUGGCUUCGUCCCGGACUGCACGAGAUGGACAAUAACGGCUCUGAAAAAAUAUUACGUUAGACUACGCCCUGACUGCCGGCGUCGUCUGCUAUGGCCACCGACAUGGAAGCCACGGGGACCGAGCGCGCUGCUUUUCUAAAAGUGAAAAUACCAGUGUCCAGCAUUUACAACUUCAUUGACAAGCAGUACGACACUUCGCGUCUGCUGCAAGAAGGUGAAUCGGUAUUUGAAGCUCGCCACGUUGUCGCUUGUAGCGUAAAACAUCGUAAAGAAGAAGAAGUGACACUGGCUGGGCUAAUUCUGCAGACAUCAUCUAUAAACAAGGAACCUCAUGAGUUGGAAAUUACAGUAAAGGAAAGACAGGUGACAGCGGCAUCAUGCUCUUGCAAAGCAGGGCAGCACAAGUGUAAGCACAUGAUAGCACUACUGCUGCACAUUCAUGCAACAGAAACGUUUGACGUCCUUUCUUCUACUGAUAUGCCUCAGCAAUGGGGUAAAGAACAGCUGACAGAUGCAAGAAAGAAGUAUAAACCAAGGUUGAUUGCAGAGUUGCCGUGCUCGAAAAAGGAAACAAUGCUGGUGCAUCAAGAUCAUCUCAUCUAACUGCGAGGCAAGAUAAGUCGGAGGGAACGUGCAGGUCUCCAGCAUCCCCAGCAACCAUUCGACAGGAGAAUAGCAAUGCAUUUGUGGAACAGCAAAGCACACUCAUCACACGACCAUCAACACUCACUGAAGCAGUUGCACAAGCAAUGGCAACUGGAGCCAGGUCAGCAGAUGACAUGUACAAUUACAUUCAGCAUACAUUCACAGACUCAAACAUAGAAGAAAUCACUUCCAUAACCACACAACAAGCAGAUUCACUGCACUGGAUGCUGUACAGAAGAGGGAUGGUGACAGCCUCCAUUGCAUAUUCAGUUUACACAAGGGUGCACACAUUAAGGACAAAAAUGGGGCCUCAUGACGUGCGGCCUCUUUUGAAGUCUAUAAUGAGAGAGCACAAUGUUCAAACUUCUGCAAUGUCACGAGGGAUUUUGCUAGAAAAGACAGCAAAAGAGGUCUACACAGCCAUUGGGUCGCAUACAAGUCUUAUAGUGAAAGACACUGGCCUCCUAAUUUCAAAGGAGCACCCCUGUAUUGGCGCAUCCCCAGAUGGGCUAGUCACUUGUGAUUGCUGCUCGCAGCGGACUCUGGAGGUGAAAUGUCCAAUUAGCCUAGAUAAAUUCAGGCAGAAGGAGAUCGCAGUGUCCAAGGAUGAAAAUGUGUGCCUUAAGAAAACCAGCAAGUAUUUCUGCCAAGUUCAAAUUCAAAUGAUGCUUGCAAAAGUUCACAGGAGUGACUUUUUUGUGUUUCAAGACGCUGAACACUUUCUUUUAUUUUCUGUUGAUUUCGAUGAAGUUUUUUGCAAUUCUGUUGUAGAAAGGGCCGUGUACUUCUUCAAAUCCUACGUUUUGCCACAUAUAGCACAGUAAAACAUUACAAGAUGCCUAAGAGGCGUUGUUUAAGCUGCAUGCACAUCUCAAUAACACUCUAGUUCGCAAGGCCAACUAGAUAACAUAAACAGUGCAAUAUAGAAUGUAAGGUUUCGUAAUAAAAUCGUAGUGUUUGUUUGCUUUUGCCACACUGUGCUCUGCGAGGGAUGCUGUACUGGUGUUUCUAACUCUUCUUGGUGUUUUUAAUGUCACCCACCUGUGUGAGUACUUGAGAGAGCUGCACAUUAAUGAUGUUGAAUUUCCUGGUGCCACACUGCAUUGAGGGGUGCUAAAUUGAGGACUACAGUUAUGUUGAUCAAUAGUGUUUUUAAUGUGCAGCUGUCUAUGUAAAUAAAUACUUUUGCAUUGC